AUGGUCGAACGCAUCGUCGAGGAGGGUUUCGACGUGAACUCCGACUCAACACGCAAAGCGGAUGUCGCACGGUACAGCAGCGAGGAGGUGUCCGGCAACGAGUCGAUCGAGGCACGCAUGCUAUCCGAAGCUGAACGGCAGGCCGACUUCAACCGGCACAAGGAGGAGAUGAAGCGCAAGCGGCGCCGAAAGAAACGCGCCAGUUCAUCGAUGCAGUCGUCAUGCUUUCAAGAACUGUACAAGCUGACCGGCGAAGUGUUGGGCGAAGGAGCGUACGCGUCGGUGCAAACGUGCAUCAACAUCUACACCGAGCUGGAGUACGCGGUGAAGAUCAUCGACAAAAUACCGGGGCACGCGCGGGCACGCGUUUUCCGCGAGGUGGAAACGUUCCACCACUGCCAGGGCCACCCGAACAUCUUGCAGCUGUUAGAGUUUUUCGAGGACGACGAAAAGUUCUAUCUAGUGUUCGAGAAGAUCAACGGCGGGCCGCUGCUGACGCGCAUCCAGCAGAACGUGUGCUUCUCCGAGUACGACGCAGCCCAGAUCAUUAAGGCGAUCGCGUCCGGGCUGGACUUUCUGCACAAGAAGGGCAUCGCCCACCGGGACCUCAAGCCGGAGAACAUCCUGUGCGUCGAUCCGGACAAGCUGUGUCCGAUCAAGAUUUGUGAUUUUGAUCUCGGAUCCGGCAUCAAGUUCACGACCAACAUCUCGUCACCGACGGCCACACCGCAGCUGCUGACACCGGUCGGUAGUGCCGAAUUCAUGGCACCGGAGGUUGUCGAUCUGUUCGUCGGUGAAUCGAAUUACUACGACAAGCGUUGUGAUCUGUGGUCGUUGGGUGUGAUCGCGUACAUCCUGCUGUGUGGGUAUCCGCCAUUUUCCGGCAACUGCGAGCAGGAUUGUGGGUGGAACCGGGGCGAGAACUGUCGCACCUGCCAGGAGCUGCUGUUCGAGUCGAUCCAGGAGGGCCGGUACUGCUUCCCGGACAGCGAGUGGCUGGAUGUGAGCGAGGAAGCGAAGGAUCUGAUCCGGGGUUUGCUGGUGAAGGAAGCACCGAAGCGGCUGAGUGCUACGGCCGUGCUCCAGCAUCCGUGGAUUCGCAUUAGCGACGAUACGGUGUGCCAUGCCGGUGGUAUCAACUCCAAAGCGAACAAGGAUAAGCAGCGCCGCCGGGUGCUGAAGACGCCAGGUGUAAUUCGACGAAACCAAUCCGCGCUGGAGUUGUCCCACUUUGCCGAAUCGGCGAUGGCCGUCAAGCGGGUCAUAAUGCAGCACUUUUCGAUGCGCUACGACUACAUGGCGAAGGAGCGUCCGAACAUUUAUCAGCCGUCGUACAACGGGAGCGUAGAGCGAGCCCCCCCGGUACAACCCACCGAAGCAACCAAACCGACGUUGGCCGGAGCGGAAGAACGGAUUGCGUCGGAUGAUCCGUUUGUGGCGCGUACGGCGGGAGAACCCAAUGGAGUCUGUGAUGAGGAUGAAAAACGGAAGGAAAACGAUGCGACGAGAGCAUAUGAAACAACAGUUGACGGGAAGGAGGAGCAUUGGCAGGAGAAGAAAGAGCUGGAAAGAUGCAAUAGUAGCAGCUACCAAAACGUUUCCAUCGAACGUGGAGUGGAGAGUGGAGAGAGGUCGGAAGAUGCGGCGAAGGAGGAGGGGGGAUGCGGUGCUGUUGACGCCGUUGCCGUUGUUGGUGAAAACAGCAGCACCGUUGCAGAUGCGCCAGCUGCAACCCCGAGUGUUGUGAAUAGUAUGUCUUCCGGUAUUGAAGGGGCCCUUAUUGCCACCAACAUCACCAUUAACGGCCAUCACGACGAUAGCAGCACCAUCGGCAGCGGUGGUAAGGAUGGCGAUCAGCGAGUGGAACUGUUGCGGCAGGAGCAAGAGCAGCAGCAGGAGCAACAGGAAGAGAUAAAACGUGACGAAGGAUUGCAAAAUUCCGAUCCACCAAAACGAAUUGGUACCGGUGAGUCGUCGGAUGAUGGUGGUGCCCUGGUGGUGGCUGCAGAUAGGAAUGGAAAGCGAUCAUCAGAGGAGGAAGGAGCUGCUUUGGUGGCUCCAGCUCAAUCCCUGUCGUCUUCGUCCCAUUCAUCGCCGGCUCAUGUCGUGUGUGCGAAGGAGAACAUUGCGCCGAAGAAGAGCAGCGGUAGCUGGGACAUUCCGCCCGAGUCGAGUUGGCGAUAUCGCGGUAAUGCAAAUGACCAGCGGCAGCAAAGUCCUGCCACGUACGACUACAACAGUCGCAGCCAGCACGCGUACCCGGCAAAGCAUGCCGCCCAAGGUUUUGGCGCGAGCUACAAGGGUGGCCGCAGUGGUCAUUAUCAUUCGCAUCCGCAACAUUACCAUAACUACCACCACCAGCACCACCACAACAACAACAACAACAACCACUACGGUAACCAUUCGUACUACAAUAACCAUCAUCACAGCAACCACCACUCGCAUCCACCGCUGUCCUCGACGUCAUCAUCGUCGUCCUAUCGACAGAACAAUGGCGCACAUCAGAACCAGCAGCACGCGUCGCAUGGCGGUAAUGGAGGUUAUUACAACCAUCACAACUAUGGCAACACUGUCGUCCGAUGCAUCCGUACGAUGUGUAGCAACACUAACGAGCCCUCCGAGGGCAUCGAUAUUCGUCCGGGACAGAUGAAGCAACCUAGACAGCAGCAGCAGCAACAGCACUAUCCGUACAACAACCACCAUGCUCACCAUGGUGCACCGUCGUCGCAGCAGCUGCAGUCUUCACCUACGCUGUCCUCCUGGCGUACUCAACCGUCGUCGACGUACGCCACCAAACGGUUCAGUGAUGGAACCGAGGACAUCGACAACUAUCGCCACAGCAAUGGCAAUGGCAAUGGCGGUGGUGUUGCUACGAUGCAGCCACACUAUACCAACGGCAAAGUCAGCAACAACACGACUAUCUUUAAUCACCAUCAGUACAAUCGCGGAGGAACCAAUAAUAAUAUUAAUAAUAAUACUAGCAACAUUAGUAGUAACGGAGGCGGAAGUAGUCAUCAUCCGGCGAGGAUGAACAAUGGCAACAGCCAUCAAAGUCAGCAGUACCACCAGAUGUCGCCACCGCAACAGCAGCAGCACCACAAUGGUGGUAUGAUGAACAAUGGUACCAAUCAGUUCUAUCACAAUGGCGGUGGUGGUGCGGGCCAUUACAACUACAACAACCACCAUCAUUAUGGCGCCGGGAUCCAUGGUGGCCAGCAGCAGCAGCAGCAGAAGCAGAAACCGUUGCCAUAUCGUGGGAUGGUGCUAUACCAUCCGCCGCAGUACCAAAAUCAGCGCAAUCCUUCAUCGGCAUCGUGCAAUGGUGGAUUGCAGCGUGUCGUCCAGAACGUCAUCGACGGGAUCGACGGUGUUGUAGGGGCUGCGAAGGCAAGAGCAAGGCGCGGCAGUGCUGGCCAGCAGCAGGCAACGCUAAUACUGCAGGCGCCUCCACCGCCGCCACAUACGCUGGUGUAUCAGAGUAGGAGUAAUAUAAACUGUGAUCCAACAACUAAUACUAUGAAUAGAUAUAAGCUUUAUCAUUCUAACUCGACCACGAUCGUGAGCGCCCUUAAGCGCGAGACGCGCAACAACGGCUACCAGUCGAUGAUGAUCGGUGGAUUCGACGGGCUAAACCUGAACGGACGGCCGGAACUCCCUGGUGGUGGGGAUUACUACCACCAACACCAACACCACCAUCAGCAGCAGCAGCUUCAGCAGCCGGCGGACGAGGGCGAGGAGGCCGAACUGCACCACCAGCGGCAACAGAUGCAGGAACAUCUGGUGCAGCGCAAGGAAGACGAUCCGGACGCGAUCGAGGGUAUCGACGAAGCUGUCUACAGCAGCAGCACAAGCAGCAACACGAGCUGCCACAGUGGCAACAGCGUCAUCAAUGGGAAUGUUUCGACCACGACCGUGGCGGGACUGGGCAACAGCAGCCCAGCCAUCGUAGUGAAGAUGGCGUUGACCGGUGGUCUACCGGUCGGUUUAUCGCCACCGAACGAAAGCCAGCUGAUGCAGCGCCGUUUGUCGCUGAAAUCGCGUAGUCUCUGCCUACCGGCGAUGGAAAACGGAAGCUGUUCCGCCGCGCCGAUAGUGAUUGGAGCGAAAACGCCACCGUCUCCGCUGGCGAUCGAAGAUUUCCAAGAUGGUGUCAGACGCCAGCAACAGCAGCAGCAGCAGCAGCAGGAGCCAUUGUCAUCACCGGAGCAGGACGACGAGGAUCCGCGAGGAGGAGAGCGUACCGUCUUCUCGCCGAUCGUUCACCAUGCUGUUGAUAAACCGAUGGGGGGAUACUACCACUACCCGUACUAUCAUCCCAAUUUCCACGCUGACGAGACAGUCGGAACCAACGCCGUUUCCGGGACGGCGUCAACUCCCAGCCCGUUCACCAUUACCACGCAGAGCGGUUAA